AUGUUAAUCCAAUACUUCAUUCUCUUCUUGUUCUUGGCCAUUCUCACUGAUCAAACAAUGUCAGCAGCAUUCAUGAAUCAGUAUUACAACCUGAGAUCAUUAGGCGAAAACCCUUCAGCAGAGUAUACAGUAUCCAUGAGAUCAAGCUCAACAGAUUUUCAGCCCCUGCCAUGCCGUUGGAAAUUGUGUGUUUUCUUUCACUGA